AACUGUUUUGCAUAGUUUCGGAAAAGCUUACGUUCGGAAUAUUCCUUUGUUCCUUCUCAACAUUCCCUCUCAAAACUCAGCUAUGUCUUUUCCCAAUACUUUUACUAACUAACCAAUCCCAUCAACACAUCAAUCAAACCCUAGUUAUGGCUUCUCUGUUUCAUGCCCUUCUUCUUCUCUGUUUUGCUUAUGGUUUUGGUCUACUCAUCACUUCUGUUCGGGCUGCUAUUCCCACCACCUUGGAAGGUCCCUUUGACCCUUUUACCGCUCCUUUCGAUACCAAUUUACGCGGCAACGCUGUUGAUUUGCCUGACUCUGACCCCCGCGUUCGUCGCAGGGUUAAGGGUUUUGAGCCAGAGCAGAUUUCAGUCUCCCUUUCCUCUCAUUACGAUUCUGUCUGGAUUUCAUGGAUUACAGGGGAAUACCAAAUUGGUUUUGACAUAAAUCCAUUAGAUCCUACAAGGGUAUCCAGUAUUGUUCAUUAUGGGCAACUAAGAUAUCCAAUGUCAUAUGAAGCAGAAGGCUAUUCUCUCGUUUAUAGUCAGCUAUAUCCUUUUCAAGGCCUGCAAAAUUACACUUCUGGGAUCAUCCAUCACGUUCGCCUAACAGGAUUGAAACCAAGUACACGAUAUUAUUAUCGAUGUGGAGAUCCCUCUAUACCAGCCAUGAGUCAAAUAUACAAUUUCAAGACUAUGCCAAUGUCUGGUCCCCGGAGCUAUCCAAAAAGGAUAGCUAUUGUGGGAGAUCUUGGUCUUACUUACAAUACAUCUACAACUAUCAGUCACCUGAUUAGUAGUAAACCCGAUCUUGUUCUUUUGGUCGGGGAUGUAACUUAUGCAAAUUUGUAUCUUACAAAUGGAACUGGUUCGGAUUGCUAUUCUUGUUCUUUCUCAGAUACUCCAAUUCAUGAGACCUAUCAACCUCGCUGGGAUUACUGGGGAAGGUUUAUGCAGAAAUUAGUUUCUAAAAUUCCCAUAAUGGUUAUAGAAGGUAACCAUGAAAUAGAAGACCAGGCUGAAAACCAGAGUUUUGUGGCUUACAGUUCUCGGUUUGCAUUCCCAUCUGAAGAAAGUGGUUCUUCAUCUACAUUCUACUACUCCUUUAAUGCAGGGGGAAUCCAUUUUAUCAUGCUCGGGGCUUACAUCGCCUAUGAUAGGGCCGCAAACCAGUACAAGUGGCUGGAGCAAGAUCUGGCUAAUGUGGACCGAUCUGUAACUCCAUGGUUGGUAGCUACUUGGCAUCCUCCUUGGUACUCUAGCUAUAAAGCCCAUUACAGAGAAGCAGAGUGCAUGAGAGUGGAAAUGGAAGAACUACUUUACUCCUAUGGUGUUGACAUAGUGUUCAAUGGACAUGUUCAUGCUUAUGAGCGGUCAAAUCGCGUUUUUAAUUAUACCUUAGAUCCUUGUGGUCCUGUGUAUAUAACUGUUGGGGAUGGAGGUAACCGAGAAAAAAUGGCUACUGAACAUGUUGAUGAACCGGGUAAUUGCCCCGAGCCAUCAACUACGCCUGAUCCAUACAUGGGUGGCUUUUGUGCAACAAACUUUACGUCUGGCCCAGCUGCAGGAAAGUUCUGUUGGGACAGGCAACCUGAUUACAGUGCUUUUAGAGAAAGCAGCUUUGGCCAUGGAAUCCUUGAGAUGAAGAAUGAGACUUGGGCUCUGUGGACUUGGUAUCGAAAUCAGGACACAGAAAAAGAAGAGGGAGAUCAAAUUUACAUAGUGAGGCAACCUCAUAUUUGCCUUGGCCAGCAGGAGUCACCCGAACAGGGGCAUUCAGACAUUUGAAAGCUGACUAAACGAUUCGGGUUUUUCCAUUUCUUCACUCAAAGUGUUACAACUGACUGUUUAAGACUUGUUAUGAAGAACCCUAAUGCGUUGUGUUAACCUUUGCGGCAUUGGGAGUGCAAGGAAGUUCAGAGUGGUUAUAGAUUGAUACAGAGUAUGUGAAAGACUCUUCAAUGAAACUUUUACACUUUCAUUCAUGUAUAACUGAUUUGUAUUGUAUGUUGUAUGAGUAGUCAUGUAUAUUUAGUAAACAAAAUAUUAGUUUAUUGGAAACAAGCAUUAACUAUUGUACAAAGGCUUGAGUGAUUUGCAUUGUAUCCUGUAAGAGAACAUAUUACAGUUUAUUGGAACAAAUAUCAGCUAA